AUGAAGGAACUCUCUCCUGAAGCCCUGCUCCUGUCUCUCUCCCACCUCUGCUUCCUCUGUAGUUUCCUGGACGUGUCUGUGUCUCAGGAGGCUGCUGGCGGCGGGGAUGAAGCUCUCCGACCCGGGCUGACAUGGCACCAUAACGGGCAGGUCUUCAGCAUCCUGGGCGGCGGCUCUCAGUACCGGCCGUCCGGCAGGAGGCGGCCCCCGGUGGUGGUCCUCAGCAGCACUAACGACACGGUCCCGGUGCCGGUCCCGGUGCCGUCCCGGGUCUCCCCUCGGGUCCCUGCCUCCAGCGACACCGCGCAAUUACGCACGGAGAUGCGUCGUCCUCUGCAGCCGGAGCCAGGAGGCCGCCGGGAGGACGGGAUGGUCGGAGACGACCCCUACAACCCCUACAAGGCUUCUAACUCCUACCCCUAUUACAACUACUACAACUCCUACUACAGACCCAGAGCCAGGACCCAGGCCCGGCACGGGUACGGAACCAGCGACCACCAGCACGGUCUCCCUGAUCUGGUUCCUGAUCCGAACUACAUCCAGAUCGCCACCUACAUCCAGAGGAUGCCCAUGUACAACCUCCGCUGUGCUGCUGAGGAGAACUGCCUCGCCGCCUCCUCCAGCUCCGCCCAUGACUAUGACACCAGAGUGUUGCUGCGGUUUCCUCAGCGGGUGAAGAAUCAGGGAACAGCUGACUUCCUGCCCAGUAAACCUCGUUAUUCCUGGGAGUGGCACAGCUGUCACCAUCACUUCCACAGCAUGGAUGAGUUCAGUCUGUACGAGCUGCUGGACGUCCACACUCAGAGGCCGGUGGCUGAAGGUCACAAGGCCAGUUUCUGUCUGGAGGACACUUCCUGUGACCCGGGAUACCACCGCCGCUACGCCUGCACCUCCCACACCCAGGGCUUGAGUCCAGGUUGCUAUGACACCUACAACGCUGACAUCGACUGUCAGUGGAUCGACAUCACCGACGUCACUCCUGGAAAAUACAUCCUCAAGGUGACGGUGAACCCCCGUCAGCAGGUCCCAGAGUCCAACUACAACAACAACGUGGUCCGUUGUGACGUCCAGUACACCGGCACCGCCGCUCACGUCUCCGGAUGCACCACCACAUCGUGA